GCAGGCGCCCCCGACUUUACUACUCCCCACCACCCCCACCCCCACCCCCCACCCCUCGAUCCCGGCGCUCCUCCGGCGAGCCCGCCGCAUGCGCCGUCGCCGGUGAGGACCCGUCCGUCCGUACGUCCCCAUGGGCUGCGUGCACGGCCGCCCCUCCGCCGCCUCCACCCCCAGCCCCGACCUCGCCGCCGCCCGCCGCCGGAACCCCCAGACGAAGCAGGAGGGGGUUCCCUCUGAUGCCGUUUCCGCGGCGGCGGCGGCGGGGGAGGGGGAGGGAGGGAAGGCGGCCGAGAAGGACGGGCAGACGGCCGUCGCCGUCGCGGCGCCGGUGAAGCGGGAGCGGCGGUCGCGGUCGUCGCGGCACGGGCCGGCGGAGGUGCGCCUCGGCGGCAGCUUCGCCAACAAGGCCCGCGGGGAGCAGGUCGCCGCCGGCUGGCCCGCCUGGCUCUCCGCCGUCGCCGGCGAGGCCAUCAACGGCUGGACCCCGCGCCGCGCCGACACCUUCGAGAAGAUCGACAAGAUCGGGCAGGGGACGUACAGCAACGUGUACAAGGCGCGGGACUCGCUGAGCGGCAAGAUCGUGGCGCUCAAGAAGGUGCGCUUCGACAACCUCGAGCCCGAGAGCGUGCGGUUCAUGGCCCGGGAGAUCCUCAUCCUGCGCCGCCUCGACCACCCCAACGUCAUGAAGCUCUACGGCCUCGUCACCUCCCGCAUGUCCUGCAGCCUCUACCUCGUCUUCGACUACAUGGUCCACGACCUCGCCGGACUCGCCGCCAGCCCCGACAUCAAGUUCACUCUGCCACAGGUCAAGUGCUAUGUGCAUCAGUUGCUGUCAGGGUUGGAGCAUUGCCACAAUCAGGGGGUGCUGCAUCGUGACAUCAAGGGCUCGAAUCUACUCUUGGAUGACGACGGUGUGCUGAAGAUUGGAGACUUUGGUCUGGCGUCGUUCUUCGACCCGAACCAUAAGCAACCGAUGACCAGUCGCGUGGUGACGCUGUGGUACCGGCCACCAGAGCUGCUGUUGGGUGCUACGGAUUAUGGAGUGGGUGUGGACCUGUGGAGCGCCGGAUGUAUCCUUGCUGAGUUGCUGGCUGGGAAGCCUAUUAUGCCGGGACGGACCGAGGUAGAACAGCUGCAUAAAAUAUUUAAGCUAUGUGGAUCCCCCGCUGAAGAAUAUUGGAAAAAAUCGAAGCUUCCUCAUGCAACCAUAUUUAAGCCCCAGCAGCCGUACAAAAGACGAAUAGCAGAGACAUUCAAAGAUUUCCCGCAAUCAGCACUUCGGCUGAUUGAAACACUCCUAUCAAUUGAUCCUGCUGAUCGUUUAACAGCAACUGCUGCAUUAAAUAGUGAUUUCUUUAAAACGGAACCUCGUGCUUGUGAUCCAUCAAGUCUGCCCCAGUACCCACCAAGCAAAGAGAUGGAUGCAAAACGAAGAGAUGAAGAAGCUAGACGUUUAAGGGCUGCUGGUAGCAGACCUAAUGGUGAUGGAGCUAGGAAGACAAGGACCCGGGAUCGGCCUAGGGCUGUUCCAGCACCAGAGGCAAAUGCCGAACUUCAAGCAAAUAUUGACAAAAGAAGGCUAAUAACGCAUGCAAAUGCGAAGAGCAAGAGCGAAAAAUUCCCUCCACCACAUCAAGAUGGUGCACUCGGCUAUCCGUUGGGUUGUUCGAAUCACAUGGAACCUACAUUUGAGCCCCCCGAUCCGUCUUCGUUCAGCACCGUAUUUCCGUACGACAAGACCGCCGUGCCUACUUGGUCUGGACCACUGGUGGACCCUCCUGGGGGCAACCAGAAACGGAAACACAAGUCCGGACGCUCUUCGAAACAACCAUCAACUGCCCGUGCUCGGUGAUACAUUAUGUGAUAUUUGGUGCAUAAGAAAUUCUUCAAUACGGACAAUUUACUCGGCAACAGUUCCUGGAAGCUGGGGAGAUCUGAUUAUACGACCAAGGCAAGCAGCGAUGAAUUUUUUCAACAAGAUCCAUGAAUUCAUUCCAUGUACGGAUUCUUUUCAAACCGCCGUGUAUAGAUGGGAGAGGGAGCUCAGUUAGUCGAAUUCUGUACAUUAGGUUGUCCUUUUCAUUUCUUACAAGCAGCUAUAUGUCAUGUUAGAUUUGUUUGAGUGAGUAAUGGAACUUUUUAGGUCUACUUGGCAUGCCACUGCAACUUACUGUUAACUCUUACUGCAGUUAUAUUUCGUGUUAGAUCGAAUGUUUCUUAAAUCUGUUAUUUCCCUUUAUGACUUCAAGUUGUAGAUUCAGACAAUUUGGACAUUAGUUUAUAAAAAAGUUGUUGCAUAUUGUCCUUCA